AUGUUUUCAACAAGGAGUGAAUAUGAUAGGGGAGUAAACACAUUUUCUCCAGAGGGAAGACUUUUUCAAGUAGAAUAUGCACUGGGAGCUAUAAAGUUAGGAAGUACUGCUGUAGGUAUAUGUGUAAAUGAUGGAGUAAUAUUAGCAUCAGAAAGAAGAAUAUCUUCAGCAUUGAUAGAAAAAGAUUCUGUUGAAAAAUUAUUAGCAAUAGAUGACCAUAUAGGUUGUGCAAUGAGUGGACUAAUGGCAGAUGCAAGGACUUUAAUUGAUUAUGCGAGAGUAGAAUGUAAUCAUUAUAAGUUCAUAUAUAAUGAAAAUAUAAACAUUAAAUCAUGUGUAGAAUUAAUAUCUGAAUUAGCAUUAGAUUUUUCUAAUUUAUCUGAUAAUAAACGAAAAAAGAUUAUGAGUAGACCAUUUGGUGUUGCAUUAUUAAUAGGAGGAGUUGACAAAAACGGCCCAUGUUUAUGGUAUACUGAGCCAUCAGGAACGAACACUAGAUUCUUAGCUGCAUCUAUCGGAUCAGCACAAGAAGGGGCAGAAUUAUUAUUACAAGAAAAUUAUAAUAAAAAUAUGAGUUUUCAAGAAGCAGAAAUAUUAGCCUUAACAGUUUUAAGGCAAGUUAUGGAAGAUAAAUUAUCUUCUACAAAUGUUGAAAUUGCUGCUAUUAAGAAAUCAGAAAAAACCUUUUAUAAAUACAAUUCUGAAGAUAUUUCUAGAAUUAUUGAUAUAUUACCAUCACCUACUUACCCUACAAUUGACAUGACAGCAUAA